GCUGACGGGCGGCGAGCGUGUGAGUGAGUGAGUGAGCGGACUCACCUUCCUGAUCUACGCCGUGGCGCUCGCCUUCCUUGCAUUCUGUCUGCAAAUGAUCCCAUAGUAACUUAGAUCCGGGUGGAGGAAGACGGGCAGGAAACGCAACCCUUUGGAAAAAAAAAGCGAGCGAAGGGAGAAGCAGCGCGCACACGUCUGAGCGAUCCGAGUCGAGAUCCAACUUGCACGAGACGACGCCAACUUUACAAGCCUCGGAUACGCCGUUUUCGACUAAAAGAUGGCCUCUGCAAACGACUCCCGGCAAGCAGCAAAGGACGCAGCGGAUCAGAACUUCGACUACAUGUUCAAACUCCUCAUCAUUGGUAACAGCAGCGUAGGCAAAACCAGCUUCCUGUUCCGCUAUGCCGACGACACGUUCACUUCCGCCUUUGUCAGCACCGUUGGCAUUGACUUUAAGGUGAAAACGGUCUACCGCAAUGAGAAGAGAGUCAAGCUACAGAUCUGGGACACGGCAGGCCAGGAGAGAUACCGGACCAUCACCACAGCCUACUACCGUGGUGCGAUGGGCUUCCUCCUCAUGUAUGACAUUACUAACCAGGAUUCCUUCAAUGCUGUUCAGGACUGGGCAACUCAGAUCAAAACUUACUCGUGGGACAACGCACAGGUGAUUUUAGUUGGGAACAAGUGUGACCUGGAAGAUGAUCGUGUUAUCCCCACUGAGGAUGGCAAGCGACUGGCUGAUGACUUGGGAUUUGUGUUCUUCGAGGCCAGCGCCAAGGAUAACAUCAAUGUGAAGCAGGUGUUUGAACGACUGGUGGACAUUAUCUGCGAGAAGAUGAACGAGAGCGUAGACUCGGACCAAUCAAUUGUGAGCAACAACAAAGGCUCGCCCCUCAGUGAACACCCCCCGCCCAGCCAGAGCGGCUGUUCUUGUUAGGGGAGACCCUCUCCGCCGAGGUGCAACUGUCAGCCCCGUACAGCAAAGCUGCUUUGGUUUGACCCGCCGUUCUUCAACGAUAAAACUUUUGCUUUUUUUUUUUUUUCCCCGAAUUCUACUGUUGUCAUCUUAGAAUAAUAAAAAAAACUCGACAUUUCAAGUAAACCUCAUCCCUCCCUUCGCACACCUCUCUUUCCACUUUCACUUUUGGGUUCACUGGUGCAAACGCUGAUUGCUAGUUUCUGUCAUAUCCCCCAAUGCAGCUCAGUGCCCUCCUGCCCACCUCUUUGAAGACCAUGCCCUGUAAAUGCUCUCUUUUUCACGUUUAGGAAAGCAGCGGGUGCCAAUUUCUGCCACCAAGGGUUACUCCUUGGCCAAAACAAAGUCCACACUUUCAGAGUCGCGUCCCACCCUGCACACAUACACUGUUAGCCAUUACGGUACCUUCUGGACGCCUAGUGGAACUUGUGGGGGGCAUAAUAAGAAGUGGGUAUCAGCUGCAAAGGGACUACGGUUGGCACUCUAGGAACAGGCAGGCUCUCCUUGAGGGAGAGAAACUGAAGAAUUCCACAUCUGUCAGCCACUGGGACAUUAGUGUAAGGACGGGGUGAGAUAUUUUGGAAAAGAUGACACCGGUGGAUAGAAGCUCCUUUGGUUUUUUUGUGCAUCUUGUGCUCUGGAUGAUGAUGGUACUCAUUUUACAGGCGUGGGUAAUGCCCAAUCGCUAACUGGCAGACACACACACACACACACACACACGUGAAGUAUGGAAAGGUCACACGUUUGUGGUGGCUAGAAAAUGUACAGCAAAUCACGAAGUGCGACCACCGAGCAGGGCCCAAGAACACAGAUGCGCACUUUCAAAGACGUAGCUUCAUCAAAGUACGGGUGCGAUUUAACGUCAGUGGGUUCUGAAGGUCUCCGCUGAUCUGCGUUAGAAUGUUGUUGUGUGAUGAGCUUACGCUGAUGUACUUGGCAGGGCUCUGAUUAACAAUCAAGUCGAUUCUUGACUCGGCGACUAAACCAGGCCUGAACAGAGAUGUCUUUAUCAGAGGUCGGACCCGCUGUCAUACAUACGCAUAAUAAUAUAAAGCGCAGGUCUGAUUUGAUUGAAUGUGUCUGUCCGUCUGUCUGUCCUGAGGUGUUUAGUGGUUGUUAAAUGGCACCGCAUACCAGACUGGGCAGUUCUUCUUGGUGGUCAAUCUGACAACAAUACCUGCUGACGUCAUAUGAGGCCCUCCAGCUGAGCACAAUGUGUUUUAGAUCUAUACACGCCCUCGUGCCAAUUCAGAUGAAUACACAAACCCAGCCUCACACACGUGCAUGUGCCAGUAUGCGUACACCAGCAUAAGCACGUGUCCGUCCACACACACUCCCAGAUGGUCCUACGGGCACACUCACAAUCCUUAAUCUCUCCAGUGUACACGUCUGCCCGGCCAUUCUCUACACACAGAUGGCAAGGGCACCCUGGCACCACGUGCCAGCACAUAUUUCAAGAUGUUUUUUCUGGUGCCCUGAUCAGCGCAUGUGUGGAGUGAAAGGACAAACCAUGAGCAGGUGCCUCGUGUGAAAGGUUCAGGCCCAGAGUGGGCAGCGCCACCUCCCAGCUGUUUACUCGGCUGGGCACUUCUGCUAAAAAGCAGUGACAGGCGCUGCCAAGUGAACAGUGCCCUCCUGUGUCUCUCAGCUAAAAUCUCACGCAAACUUUUUUCCGUGCUGCUCUGUUUAGGUGGGCUUUCCGGGGACUCUUAUGACAUAGGUGACAAGUCACAGGGUGGCACACACAGAAUGGUUUCCUGCCCUGGAAGCCUUCACUCUUGUGUUUCUACGCCUGAAUAUCAGAAGCCCCUCCUGAACGCUUUUGUAGCAGGGGAUCACUGUGUACUUUAGUUUAGGUUGAAUAUAUUCAUCCUAAUUUAUGAAUGGUGCUCCUGUUUAGGAAGUUCGAUCGCCUUUGUGAUUUUUAUCUGUAGAGUUUUGGUCAUAAAAAAUGGAAUCUUCUUCGCAUUACGGUUAAAAGUGUGUGCUGCUGCCAUAGGAGUCACACACACAGCGCAGACACAAAGAACGUCACCAACUGCCGAAAGUCACCCCCAAAAAAACAGGAAGGUGAAGAGCCGCGCCGUCCGCAGCCCAACUCCCAGUCUCGCUCCUGAAUGUUAGUGUAGGGCGACGCGGGUUGAAAUGUCACCGCAGGACUGAUCUUUAAAGGUCACUUUACACGUCUGUGCCACACCACCGCCGUCAGCUCAUACUCGGGGACUAAACACGAGCAGCGCAGCAGCAGCGCAGCCUCUCGACAAGCCCAACCCUCACAGGGCGUUCAUUUUACUGGACGUGUCAAUAAACACAAAACGCCGCCACCGUCGUGAGCUGGCAAAGCCCGCUGCCUGCCACCCUGGGAUCUCAUUAAGUUUAACAGCAGACGGUUACCGAUGUCAACAUAUUCACAUAUGAUGGCAGUGCUUCGCUUAAUUCACAGUCGUAGCCCUCCUCAUACCGACGUCUGCCUGUUGUUGGAAGAUGAAUUAUGUGACGGCGCCAUUUGCCAUUUAAUAUUCUUCUUCUUUUAUCGCCAUGGCAAUCAAAGGAACUAAUUAGCCAUCUUUAGUUAAUAACUGCCUUUUAGGCAAACCAGCAAUUAAACAAUUGGCCCCUUAAGUUAAACAUACUCUUGUUUUAAAAUGUGCUUCUUGAUGACUGAUUGAUUAAAUAAUUAAUACCCUUGUUAAAUGAACGAUACAUAAAACGCAAUGCAUUACUAAUGGAUAUUUCACAUAGAAUUCAAUCAUUCAAUUAAUGGACGGCUCAUUGAGUUAAUUACCUUUAUUGUGACAUUUGUGUAGUAGGAUCCAGUUACUUAAUUAUUUGGACAAUUUCUAAGUGAAUUGUAACUCAUUAGCGGUUACCCCGUGUAUUAUCACGAAGUAGUACCGACAUCAGUGGCUCUCGCGAACGCUCUCACCUUUGGUCCCGACUUUGCUGACGGCUGAUUCUAUUAAUGAGCACCUCGGUUCUCUUUGGCCUGAAGGACGUAGCGCAUCAGAUACAAAGUACAAGAAGGCGGCUGCAACAAGUCCCUCGUGUCUGUCGGCACUCGCGUCCUCGGGUCGUUUGCUUUAAUGAAUCUUCUUUUACUUUUUUAUUGGUGAGCAAUGGGGCUGCUUGUACCCUAACCCUACGGCCCCAGUCCUGCUACGCACUCGCCGCCGCUGCCGCAGAUUUGUCUUGAACUUCUUCUCUGUUGCUUCAUUCGUGUGGCAGACAAGUUACUUGCACUAAGUGGGGCUCCGUCACCUAAAACCGAAAGUGCGCUUUCUGCAAAGGUCUGCAGCUUGAAUUGAAAUAGCAGUGCGCUGGCCUGGCACACGUCUGUGUGUCUGUGUGUGUAAGUGGGUGGGUGUCUGUCGGUGUCUGUCUGUGUGUGUGGGUGUCUGUGUGUCUAAGUGGGUGUCUGUCUGUCUGUCUGUGUGUGUGUCCUUCGGCCUUAAUUCCUUUUUCUUGAUUUCGUUUUGCUCUUACUGGAUGGCAUUUCUAUUUGAUUUCCAAUCCCACUUGAAGAGCUCAAUGCUGUUACUCAAAAUGUGCCUUUGCCAACAAAAUCAAAGCAUUUCUGACCAUUAAUGUUGGGGGGGAAAUGGCUCUAUAUAUAAAUAUGUAUUUGGUCUCAGAUGGGAUACAUUGUGCUGCUGUUCAGAUUUACUGUUUACGUGUUCACUCAAAAUCUGCUGUAAGGCUGGAAACACCAAAAUGGCGCACAGCGGACCACUGGGGCUUCUUGACCUCCAAUUCUGAAUGACUCUUCCCAUCACGUUAAAUAUUUUUCGGCGAGAUUUAUGAGCCGAGUUGAGAGUAACGGAUUGGCGGACCCCUGAUUAUUAUUUUUUUGUAUCGUACGAUGAUGGGGUCAAAUAAAGACGACGCAGCGUAUUCUGAAUUUCAUAGAGAAGCAUGUAAUAAAGUGACCCAUCAGGCACUAAGAACAGCAAACGUGACACCAACGACUACAAAGGAGAAGCCCCAACUGUCCCUGACUACUGUAGAGACGCUUUCACUUUCUAGACUUGUGUCGGGGGGGUCUUAAGAUGAAACUUUUAAAAGCUUCAUAUCACGCUCUGAUUUACCGUUAGAAUCCAGGAAAGCGUGCGUCUUUCUGAAACACUGUGCCAAUCUUGUCACGCUGUGCCCGUUACCUGCUUGGCAGGACUCCGCAGAUUACCAAAGUUCUCCAACGUGGCCUCCUUCGGUGGGCGUCUCGGCGUCGCCUGUCUGUGUCUGCAGGCGCAGGUUUGGUUUUUGUCUCCCCUCAGUCCGGUUCACAAAUGCCAAAACACUAUAAUGUUGAAGUUAUGCCUAUUGUGCAAUUUCUGUGUGUUUUAUUUAGGUCAUUGUGAAUAUGUUUAAAAAGGAUGUUGACUUUAAGGUUAAAAA